AUGGCAUUAUCCUCUUAUGCGGACGCAGAUGCUCUAUCUGUGUAUCUACAAAAACAAAUAAGCUCCCAUAUGGGAGGCGGGGCACCACGCCGCGGGGAUUAUACUACAGACUCGCCCCCACCCGACUCGCGCCGCGCCGCGCCGCUGACGUGGCGCGGCGACGCGCAGCGCAGUUGUCGUGGCGUGACCUUGACAAUGAAGCCGGUCUAAUCGUCUCACAACAUGUUGCCACCGACAUUUGUUCCUGGAUUCCACAAUGAAGAAGCCGUACGAAAGAUGCGAUACAAUGAGCUUGGCAAUACCGGAAUGUUGGUCUCUCAUUUAGGAUUCGGAGGAGGUGUCGUUAAUCCUCACCUUUUUGGAGAUUAUGAUCGUGCAGAGGUCAUAGCUACUGUACGCGAAGCUGUUAAAAAUGGAUUGAAUUACAUAGACACUGCUGCUUUUUAUGGACAAGGAGAAUCAGAAGAAGUAAUUGGAGAGGCUUUGAAGGAAAUUCCACGUCAAGCAUAUUACUUAGCAACUAAACUUGGUCGCUAUGGCCCUCACAUAGAAAAUCUAUUUGAUUUUUCUGCAAAGAAAUCUAAAGAAAGUUUCGAAAGAAGUCUUAAGUUGCUAGGUGUUGAGUACGUGGAUAUACUACAGGCUCAUGACAUUGAUUACGCUCCACCAGGCCAAGUAGUGGAAGAAACUCUUCCAACAAUGGAAGGAUUCGUGAAAGAAGGAAAAGUGAAAUUCAUUGGAAUUUCAGCAUAUUCUCUGGAUCUUCAUAAAGAGACUCUCGAAAAAUCAAAAGUUAAAAUAUCCACCGUCAUCACUUUCACUAGGGACACUCUCAUCGACGACUCUCUACGAGAAUUCAUUCCUAUAUUCAAGUCUCUGGGGGUGGGCGUCAUCGAGGCGGCCAGUCCCUGCAUGGCUCUGCUGACAAACGCUGGACCUCGAGACUGGCACCCCGCGAAGAAGGAGGUGAAGGAACUGUGCGCGAAAGCUGCCCAGUACUGCAAGGAGAAUGGAGUGGAGCUGGCGAGAUUAGCUGUAAAUCACGCUCUCUCUCAAGAAGGUCCAGCGGUCCAUAUAGUUGGAAUGCCAGAUCGUAAAGUUUUAAAUUCCAACCUAGACCUCUUGUACAAUGGAUUAACAGCAAAAGAGAAGGAAGUGUUGAAAGAAAUCAACGCAAGGUACCUUUCGAAGGUUCCAGAGAAAUCUUGGGGAGAUGUUGAAAUUAAAGAAUACUGGGCAAAUAUCAAUGCCUUGAAGCAAAAGAAGUAGUUACUUCUUACUUUAUAUACAUGAUCUGCGAAAUGUCAUGCCUGUCCCAUACAUAUUUUUUUAAAUACCAUAAAAUAUAAUAAAAUGCUUCAUUCUUUAGUGUUAUUGUAUUUGUUCCCUUAUUCUUGUUUCUUUUGGAAGUAAACAAUAUCCCACCAGCGUACAUGUGCUCCAUGACACAUCUUAGAAGCUAGCGUUUGUUAUUUUAUUUUUUAAGGUAAUGUUAAAGAACAUAGUUAUUUAAACUUUACAUGUGUAUUUUUUGUUACUUACAAACUUAUUCUAAGCCUACAUACCAUACAAUGGGGAGGAGUCCCCUUAUGGGUCCUCUAAUCUGGUUCUAUGCUUGCAAAUUUGCUUUGGAUACAUGUAAUGGAUAUUUAUUUUGGAUUCUGAUUAUAUGGAAUGGAUUUUUUUUUGAGUAAAUUCGGAGAGUGCUUUGUCUAAGAUGAAUGCUAUGAUAGAACUUUGUGACAAGGUAUGAUGUAAUGAUCUAAUAGUUCUAUAUUGAAUUCCUUUGAACCAUGUAGUUAGCAAAGGUUCUCUGAAAUUUGUUUUGAUUGAUUUGGAGUUUGCGGAUAAUUGUAUUGGCGGCAUUUAUCCAUAUGGGACAGGCGUAAGUAAUUGUGGGUCUUAUUAAAGUUUUAUAUAGUGCUAUGGUAGUAUUGUAUUGAACUGGACUGUAUCUGUUUAUUAACGGUUUUAACUGAUGGAGUUUUUCCUUGGUUU